CGAGCGCCUCACCUGAAGGCGGCCGGCGGAGGGAGGGAACCCAGUGGCCCCCGGACACCAUUCCAGUCUUUGAAGGGUGUUAAUGGAGAAGAGGUCGGAUGACAGCCGGAACUGUGGUCAUCACAGGCGGAAUAUUAGCGACGGUCAUUUUGUUGUGCAUUAUAGCCGUCCUCUGCUACUGCCGGCUCCAGUAUUAUUGCUGCAAGAAGGAUGAGUCGGAAGAGGACGGGGACGAGCCGGACUUCGGCCUGGACUCGCACAUCCCUCCGCUGCACUGCAACCGCAACGUGGCUCUGACCAACGGCCCCUCGCUCUACCACGCCUCGUCCUCCGCCGCCUCCCCCUACAAGAAGCCCUCGCAGUGCCGGACGCUCUGUGCCAACUGCUCCCACUAUGAGCCGCCCACCUUCUUCCUGCAAGAGCCGGAAGAGGACGUCCGGAACGGAGGGGAGCUGGUCAACUACAAGGCCCUCAGCCAAGAAGACCUGGAGCUGCCCGUCGGCCUGAGCGGCCUGCAGGCCCUCAACCCCAACCGCCUCUCCGCCAUGCGCGAAGCCUUCUCCCGCAGCCGCAGCAUCAGCACCGAUGUCUGAGCGGCCCUCGUUGCGGCCGCAUG